AUGACAAGGGCCAUUGUAAGGCAGUUCGGCUCCCCGGCCGAAGUAGUCAUGACCGAGUCUACCGACGACCACCAGGCCCUCAGUGCGGGCCAGGUACGAGUCCGGAUGCUUCUCGCCAGCAUCAACCCCUCGGAUCUGGUGACAAUCUCAGGCGCCUACCGAUCCAGAACAACCUUGCCGUUCGUCCCAGGCUUCGAAGGGGUCGGCAUCGUCGAGUCCAUCGGGGAAGACGUAUCUACUCUGCGGGUCGGACAGCGCGUGCUACCCAUUGGAAGUGUGGGUGCGUGGCAGGAUGUCAAGGUCGCAGAACAGCGCUGGUGCUUUCCAGUGCCAGAGGAUCUCAGCAACGAGCAGGCCGCAACGGCAUACAUCAACCCGCUCACAGCGUGGCUGAUGGUUGAACAGUUCGCUCCCACUCGACCAGGGGAGAUGGUCGUCGUCAACGCUGCGACCUCUGCUAUCGGGCAGAUGAUCAUUCGCAUGCUUAACCGUAAGGGUCUGCGGCCCAUCGCCAUCAUUCGCCGAGCCGAUGCAGCAAUGGAACUGGACGGGCUUGACAUCGAGGCCGUUUUGGACAGCUCUGAAGGGGACAUACAGAGUAGAGUACAGGAAGUGUCUGGCGGGCGUGGACUUACAGUAGCCUGCGACGCUGUGGGCGGUCCAGAGGGUGACAGUCUGGCCCGCGCUCUGAGUCCUGGAGGAACGCUCGUCCACUACGGCCUGCUUUCCGGCGUGCCUUUGUCGUAUCGACUGUACAGUGAGCGCCCUGAUGUGCGCAUUAUUCUAUUCCAUCUGCGAGAAUGGGUCCACGCCGCCAGUCCGGUUGAAAUACAAUCCGCCUUCGAUGAGGUGUUUGGACUCAUCCGCGACGGCACAGCAGCUUCAAGGGUGGCGCAUGUGUUUCCCCUCACAGAUAUCCGCCGCGCAUUAGCCACAGAGGCAAGACCAAAGCGACAAGGAAAGGUGUUUGUUACGACCCGUUAUGCAGGAUAA